CUUCGGCGCUUAGUGCGGCAACGUCCACUUCGCCAGCUGCAUCCCAGCGAUUUUUCCCCAAGCACGAGUCCACCAACCAGUGCAAAUAAAGCUUAAAACUUAGACUAAAGAUGGUCAACAUCGGCCACAUUUUCGUGUGGGCCUUGCUCUUGGUCACUACUUCGGGCACUGAUCUGAGCGAUGAUGAGGCGCUCAAUGACGUAUUAAGCGAACUUGAGUUUGACGACUCUUCGACCAGAUUAGCUCGCGACACUUCUCUGUCGGCUAAGCACAUCGAGAAGAUCGAUGUGAAAUGCGACCAAGGUGAUGGUAUGAUGGUCGAGGUGGAGUUCGCCGAGGACUUCGAGGGAGUCAUCUACAGUCAGGGGUAUUACAACGACCCCAAAUGCAACUACGUGAAGGGCGAUCGAGCGGGUCGCAGUUUCACAUUCACAGUGCCAUACAAUGGAUGCGGCAGCAAACCAUCGUGCUCCGUAUGCGCCUCGAUCGAAAACAUCCUGAUUAUCCAGGAUGACAGGGACAUUCAAAACAGCUUCGAUAUAGCACGAAAGAUAUCGUGCAGUCGGGGCGAUGAACGUGAGAAGACUGUCUACUUCAAGCCAUUUGUGGUGGACAUGCUGGAAGUGAUUUCUGUGGAUACACCAAGUGGUCCUGUGGAGUGCUGGAUGGAAAUCGGCACUGGGUCUCCGCCUAAUAUCAAACCUAUUCAGGGCACACUUACCCUUGGAACGGACAUAACGUUCACCAUUAACGUUAAGCACUCGGAACAGGCAUGGGACAUAAAUAUACUGCAAUGCUAUGCCUCCGAUGACAUGGACUUUGAGGCCAGAACCACGAAGAGAUUACAGCUCUCGGACAAAAGAGGAUGCUCGAUAAAGGAGAAAAUAUUUGGGGAGUGGCGAAAGUUUGAAGCGCCCUCCAGUCUAACAACAACCUAUUUUAAUACACUAAAGGCCUUCAGGUUCCCCGACCGAUCCCAGGUUUAUCUCAAGUGUGACAUUGAACUCUGCAAUGGUGCUUGCAAAAGGGAUUACUCUUGCGGCAGUGCGAGGACAGGCCCAUGUCCCGAGGGAUCAACUGAUCCGCAGUGUCUGCAGGAUCAUCUGAUUUCACCGAAGCCACGUUGCUAUCCCGGCUCCAGAGAACCUGGCUGCCAAACGCCCACUUCCCGGCCGCCGACAACGAUCAGGAUACCAAUAGCCUCAACUUUCACGCCUAGGCCGCGGUGCUAUCCGGGAUCAAAUGAUCCGGAAUGUCAGCCAGCUACAUACCUUCCACCAACAACGAGGAGGACUACGACCAAACCACGUUGUUAUCCGGGCUCAACUGAUGUUGAUUGCCAGCCCGCAACAAGGGCAACCACUACCACACUGAAGCCAAGAUGCUAUCCAGGCUCCGAUGAUCCUGAAUGUCAGCCGGCAACUUAUCUUCCGCCGACAACGAGAAGAACUCCGAUUCCUACGACAAAACCACGUUGUUAUCCGGGAUCCACCGAUCCGGACUGCCAGCCCAGAACCAGAAUACCAAUUACUACCCCGAAAGCAAGAUGUUAUCCAGGCUCUACCGAUCCUGAAUGUCAACCCGCUACCUUUAUUCCACCAACCACCAGGAGAACACCAAUCCAAACAACAAGAACACCAGUAACCACAUCAGGGCCAAAUUGUUAUCCGGGCUCAACUGAUGGUCGUUGCCCACAAAAACCUCCAACAACUCCAAGGUGUUAUCUGGGAUCUACUGAUCCCGAGUGUAAGCCAGCAACGCGUGUGACUCAGAAACCACCUACUACACCGCAGCCAAAGUGCUAUCCUGGAUCAACAGCUCCAGAGUGUCUUAAUUGUUAUCCAGGUUCCCCAGACCCAAGAUGUCCGAAGGUUCCAACCACAAGGAAGGCGGGAUGUUAUGAGGGUUCAGAUGAUCCAAAAUGUCAGCCUGCCACAUAUUUACCUCCUUCAUCUCGCCGCCCUCCCACGAUUGCGCCUAAGCCCAGAUGCUAUCCAGGAUCAACGGAUCCCAGCUGUCCGCAACCAACUCGACCAACCACAAUAAGGACACCCAUAACUACGUCUAAGCAAAGGUGCUAUCCGGGGUCCAGGGACCCUGAAUGUCAGCCUCCGACGAGGCAACCAAUUACAACGCCCAAGCCAAGAUGCUUCCCUGGAUCAUCAGAUCCCGAGUGUCAGCCAACAACAUAUCUUCCACCAACAACAUUUACAACAGUUAGGCCUAGAUGUUAUCCGGGAUCUAAUGAUCCGGAAUGUCAGCCAGCUACUUACUUGCCUCCGACGACCAGAAGGCCUGUAACCACUUCUAAGCCAAACUGUUAUCCGGGUUCGACAGAUAGACGCUGUCCUCAGGAACCUGUAACGACACCAAAGCCCAGGUGCUAUCCCGGCUCAACGGACCCGGAAUGCCAGCCAGCUACGGUGCGAACAACAAUUCCGCCACCCAAACCACGUUGUUAUCCGGGCUCGAAUGAUCCUGAUUGCCAACCAGCUACUUACUUGCCUCCGACAACACGAAGACCUUCCACUACAUCGAAGCCCAACUGUUAUCCGGGCUCAACAGAUAGUCGUUGCCCACAAAAACCGCCAACGACUCCAAAGCCCAGAUGUUAUCCGGGAUCACCAGAUCCUGACUGUCAACCAGCAACGUACCUUCCGCCAUUAACAGCAAGAACAACGAUUCCUACUACAAAGCCGAGGUGUUAUCCUGGUUCUAGUGAUCCUUAUUGCCAGCCACCAACAACAAGAACGCCUGUGACUACUUCCAAACCUAAUUGUUAUCCUGGUUCCACUGAUAGUCGUUGUCCUCAGAAACCAGUAACUACUCCACAACCUAAGUGCUAUCCCGGAUCAUCAGAUCCGGAGUGUCUUAAUUGUUAUCCUGGUUCCCCAGAUCCAAGAUGUCCCAAGGUUCCUACAACGAAGAAGGCGGGAUGCUAUGAGGGUUCAGAUGAUCCAAAAUGUCAGCCUGCCACAUAUUUACCUCCAUCAUCUCGUCGUCCCCCGACUAUUGCACCCAAACCCAGAUGCUAUCCGGGAUCAACUGACCCCAGUUGUCCGCAACCAACUACAAGAAGGACACCCAUAACUACAUCUGGGCCUAAGUGUUAUCCAGGAUCGAAUAAUUUAGAGUGUCAACCAGCCACUUACUCGCCUACGACGACCAGGAGGCCAGUAACUACUUUUAAGCCAAGAUGUUAUCCGGGCUCAAGGGAACCUGAAUGUCAACCUCCAACAAGGCAACCAAUUACUACGCCCAAGCCAAGAUGCUUCCCUGGUUCUUCAGAUCCUGAGUGUCAGCCAGCAACAUAUCUUCCACCAACAACUGCAAGAGCCACAAUUACAACAGUUAGGCCAAGGUGUUAUCCGGGAUCUAAUGAUCCGGAAUGUCAGCCAGCUACUUACUUGCCUCCGACGACCAGGAGGCCUUUGACCACUUCGAAGCCAAACUGUUAUCCGGGUUCGACAGAUAGACGCUGUCCUCAGGAACCUGUAACGACACCAAAGCCCAGGUGCUAUCCCGGCUCAACGGACCCGGAAUGCCAGCCAGCUACGGUGCGAACAACAAUUCCGCCACCCAAACCACGUUGUUAUCCGGGCUCGAAUGAUCCUGAUUGCCAACCAGCUACUUACUUGCCUCCGACAACACGAAGACCUUCCACUACAUCGAAGCCCAACUGUUAUCCGGGCUCAACAGAUAGCCGUUGCCCACAGAAACCGCCAACGACUCCAAAGCCCAGAUGUUAUCCGGGAUCUUCAGAUCCUUUCUGUCAACCAGCAACUAAUCUUCCGCCAUCAACAGCAAGAACAACGAUUCCUACUACAAAGCCGAGGUGUUAUCCUGGUUCCAGUGAUCCUUAUUGCCAGCCACCAACAACCAGAACGCCUGUGACUACUUCCAAACCUAAUUGUUAUCCUGGUUCCACUGAUAGUCGUUGUCCUCAGAAACCAGUAACUACUCCGCAACCUAAGUGCUAUCCCGGCUCAUCAGAUCCGGAGUGUCUUAAUUGUUAUCCUGGUUCCCCAGAUCCAAGAUGUCCCAAGGUUCCAACCACAAGGAGGGCAGGAUGUUAUGAGGGUUCAGAUGAUCCAAAAUGUCAACCUGCCACAUAUUUACCUCCUUCAUCUCGACAGCCUCCCACGGUUGCACCUAGACCCAGAUGCUAUCCAGGAUCAACGGAUCCCAGCUGUCCGCAACCAACUCGACCAACCACAACAAGGACUCCUGUAACUACGUCAAGGCAAAGGUGCUAUCCUGGAUCUAAUGAUCCGGAAUGUCAGCCAGCUACUACGACCAGGAGGCCUGUAACCACUCCUAAGCCAAAUUGUUAUCCGGGUUCGACUGAUAGACGCUGCCCUCAAGUACCAGUGCCGACACCAAAGCCAAGAUGUUAUCCGGGCUCAACGGAUCCUGAAUGUCAACCUGCCACUUACCUCCCUCCAACAACGGCACGCACAACGGUUCCUACGACUCGGCCCAGAUGCUAUCCAGGUUCCGAUGAUCCCGAUUGCCAACCACCUGCAACAACUAAAACGCCUUUGACUACAUCCAAGCCAAUUUGUUAUCUCGGCUCAACAGAUAGUCGUUGCCCCCAGAAACCGCCGACGACUUCGAAGCCAAGAUGCUCACCCGGAUCUACUGAUCCUGAAUGUCAGCCUGCAACGUAUCUUCCUCCUACAACUGCGAGACCAACCAUUCCUACAACCAAGCCAAGGUGUUAUCCGGGAUCAACCGACCCAUAUUGCCAACCAAAAACAUAUUCCCCACCGACAUCAAGACCACUUAUAACGACAUCAAAGCCCAGAUGUUAUCCAGGUUCUUUAGAUCCUGAUUGCAAACCAGCAACUUAUCUACCACCUACAACUGCACGAGCUCCGAUUACGACUUCGAAACCAAGGUGUUACCCGGGGUCUAGUGACCCUGAAUGUCAGCCAACUACUUACCGAACCCCAACAACUAGAACGCCUAUAACCACAUCCAAGCCCAAUUGUUAUCCGGGCUCCACUGACAGUCGCUGUCCGCAGAGACCUCCAACUACUCCGCAGCCCAAGUGCUAUCCCGGCUCUUCAGAUCCGGAAUGCCUGAAUUGUUAUCCUGGUUCGCCAGAUCCAAGGUGUCCUAAAAUUCCGACCACAAGGAGAGCAGGAUGCUAUGAGGGUUCAGAUGAUCCAAAAUGUCAACCUGCCACAUAUUUGCCCCCAUCAACACGCCGCCCAACCACAAUUGCUCCCAAACCCAGGUGCUAUCCAGGAUCAACGGAUCCGAGCUGCCCGCAACCUACUCAGCCCACCACCAUUAGGACGCUUAUAACUACAUCUAGGCCUAGGUGUUAUCCAGGAUCCAAUGAUCCGGAAUGUCAACCAGCAACUUACUCUCCGCCAACUUCAGGAUCACAAAUCACUACCUUGAAGCCAAGGUGUUAUCCUGGGUCAAGGGAUCCAGAGUGUCAGCCAGCUACUUACUCGCCUCCGACUACAAGGACUCCUGUUACUACUUCCAAGCCAAACUGUUAUCCGGGCUCGACAGAUAGACGCUGUCCUCAGGAACCAGUGACGACUCCAAAACCAAGAUGUUUCCCCGGCUCAACGGACCCCGAAUGCCAGCCAGCCACUUAUCUUCCACCAACCACGCUGAGAACAACAAUUACCACGGCCAAGCCAAGAUGUUAUCCGGGUUCCAGUGACCCGGACUGUCAGCCUGCAACUUACUCACCUCCGACUACUCGAAGACCAAUAACUACGUCGAAGCCAAAUUGUUAUCCUGGUUCAACUGAUAGUCGCUGUCCGCAGAGGCCAGAAACGACUCAAAAACCAAGAUGUUAUCCUGGAUCUACAGAUCCUGAGUGUCAGCCUGCAACGUACCUUCCUCCAUCAACGGCAAGAACAACGAUUCCCACAACCAAGCCAAGGUGCUAUCCGGGAUCAAGCGAUCCUUACUGCCAACCACCGACAACCAGAGCACCUGUAACAACAUCCAAGCCCAAUUGCUAUCCGGGCUCAAAGGAUAGUCGUUGUCCACAGGAACAACCUACCACUUCGAAGCCGAGGUGCUAUCCCGGCUCAUCAGAUCCUGAAUGUCUGAAUUGCUACCCUGGCUCCCCAGAUCCGAGAUGCCCAAAGAUUUCAACCACAAGGAAGCCCGGAUGCUAUGAGGGUUCCGAUGAUCCAAAGUGCCAGCCUGCUACUUACCUACCCCCAUCAACUUAUCGACCGCCUACGAGUGCGCCUAAGCCAAAUUGCUAUCCAGGAUCAACUGAUCCCAGGUGCCCGCAACCAACUCAGCCUACAACCAUAAGAACUCCAGUUUCCACACCAAGGUGUUACCCGGGGUCUUCAGAUCCUGAUUGCGAGCCAGCAACAAGGGCACCUAUAACAACUUUGAGGCCAAGGUGCUAUCCUGGCUCUAAUGAUCCGGCGUGUCAACCAGCUACUUACUCUCCUCCGACUACAAGGACUCCUGUAACUACUUCCAAGCCGAAUUGUUACCCGGGCUCGACUGAUAGACGCUGUCCGCAGGAGCCAGUGACGACACCCAGACCAAGAUGUUACCCCGGCUCGAAGGACCCAAAGUGUCAACCGGCUACUUACCUUCCACCGACGACGGCCCGCACAACGAUUCCUACGGCUCGGCCCAGGUGUUAUCCGGGUUCCAACGAUCCGGAUUGCCAGCCAGCAACAUACUCGCCACCGACCACCAGGACGCCUAUAACUACACCCAAGCCGCGAUGCUAUCCUGGCUCUAACGAUCCCUACUGCCAGCCAGCUACAUACCUUCCGCCCACGACAGCCAGUAGAUGUUAUCCUGGCUCCAACAAUCCUGAGUGUCAACCUGCCACGACCCGAACUCCUGUGACUACUUCCAAGCCCAACUGCUAUCCAGGCUCCACAGACAGUCGCUGCCCCCAGAAGCCGCCCACUACACCCACUAGACCCAGGUGCUAUCCAGGAUCAUCGGAUCCUGAGUGCCUGCCGGCGACAACGACAAGAACGCCGAUUGCCGGAACCACUCCUGUCUAUUGCUAUCCGGGAUCCAUUGAUCCACGUUGCCCUGACUCCGGAUACAGGGGCACCAGCCGCAUCCCUGCCACUUAUCUGCCGCCCCUAAGUGAUCCGGGCUACGACCGAACCAUACGGAAUGCGAAGACCUUGUUCUUCAAUGAAAUCAACCACUUGGCAUUUACCGACAACAACGUCUUCGAGCUGGACGACGACGAAGGCGAGCCAUCUAGGGUGAAGCGCGAGCUUAAGAUCGACGAGGAUGAGGAUCUCUUGUCCAAGAGAAUCAUGAAGCGCGAGCUUAACGAGCGACCAUCAGAGCAAGAAGUGAUUUCCCUGACCCUCGGAGUGCGAACUGGCAUCAGUGUUAAAUAGUCGUUGAAGGUCUAGUAGCAGUUAAGCAUAACAAUAUUAUAAUAUCAUCAUACACCGAUAUGUAUUUACCUAGAAUGAUAUUCAUUAAAUAUAAACCUAUGUACAAAUGUA